GAAGGAAUGGAGGUGUUUCCUGGCUGGGGGAACACACCGAAGGCUCUGAGGCCAACAGGAGCAAGCUUGUGGGAGAAACUGCCAGAAGGCUUUGGGGGAAGAGGGAAUGGCCACAGGGGACAGCACCAUGUAUUUUUAACACUCUGGGAGUGAAAAGUCUCUGGCCAUGGGCCACUUGGUGGUCUCUUGAGGUUAUUCUAUACAGUAAGAGGAGACUUUUCCCUCCAAAUCUGGUCCCCAUUCUUACACGUGUCUCCAGGAAGCAGCUGAAGCCCAGGUCCCAGAGGGAUAGACCUUGCCCUUGGUUUCAGCACGGCGACGCACAUGAGUGUCCACUUCGGCCUGCACCUCAGCCAGGGCAACGUCUUCAUUGUUGGCCAUGACUCUAGUGGCAGCCAGCCCAACAAUGCCAGGCUCUCCCCAACAACAGGCCUUCACUGGCAAGACUCUCUGAACCAAGAUGGACCAGUGCUUUGUGGGGAGCCUGCAUCUUGUUGAGCUAAGUCACACAAAAGCAAACUGUGAUGCCCAAGAAGAAAAGGUGCUGAACUCUGCCUCAGAACAGGGGCACGGUGACCCUGCGUGUAGGAGAGGAGUCUGCCAGGAUGAGGACGGGAGGUGUCUUACUCUCCUGCAAGAGACCAUCCCUGAGGAUGAAAGACACCAGCCCUCCAGUGGCCUCAGUGCCGCCAGAGGCCAGCAGAGGGGUCAGAACACAGAGCUUCCACUGUUGCCUCUGCCAUCGCCUGCCUCCAGCCUUCAAUGUCCAGCGUAUCCUCAUUCUUCUUGGGCGCAGUACAAUAGCUCGGGAACCACAGAACGCAGGUACAAGCUAUAACACAGGCCUCUGGGGCAAUGCUAGCAUGACCAAGGGAGGCCCAGGCUAGGCGUCGCCGGCUGGAGAUCCCUGGCUUGCAAAGCGACUGAGAAGAAAAAUCCUACAUCUCUACUGACAGCAAACUCAUUUCCCGGACCACGUUAGAUGGGAAGACGCGUGGCUGUCAACUGCUUCGGUUGUCACCUUGUCCUUUCAGAUUUAAUUAAAACUGGCUGCUCAGCCCUCAGUCCACACAGGAAGAAGCCAGGUUGCCGCUGGCCCAUAUGACACCGGAUGGAUGGGGCCAAGGGUGGGCUGAAUGUGCUCUGGGCUGGUACCACGGAGACCCUGAGCCAAGCAUCCCCUCAGCCAGGGUUGGGGACCCUCAGGGCUCACGUUGCUCCUGGUUACCUUGGCUUUAUUAUUAAGAGACAGGGUCUCACUGUG